UAAAAAUUUUACUCAUAAACGCAAAAUUUUCACACUCAUUCCAGAAGAUUAUUUCUAUGAAGAAAAUAUUCAUGUUAUGAAGAAUUGCGAACUUUUCUGAAAGACGCGACAUCUCUAUACUCUGUUAGUAUUCGAGAACUGAUUUAACCUAUAAGAACUUGAUCUGAAAAUUAACCAAAAAGGAUUUUGUAAAAGAUGGUGGCUUAUUUUCCCUCGAAACUUAGACUAGCAGUUGUACCCCCGACCAAAGCCAUAGAAGUUACAAGAAUCGGCAACACUACCAUUAUUUCGGGAGUUGAAGCUGAAUUUAUAAAACUAUUGGCACAAGCAUUAAAUUUCGAAUAUGAGAUUUUUGUUUCUCCAGAUUAUUUCGGGGAAAUGGGUCCAUCCGGAAACUACACUGGAAUGAUGGGAAUGCUGCAAAGGAAUGAAGUUGACAUGGGAUUGACCUACUUAGAUGUUACCUAUGAGCGCUCAAAAGUUGUAGACUCCAGUGCACCUUACUACUAUAUUGAAAAAAAGUUUAUGAUGAAUUAUGCUCCAUUCUUGUCAAAAACAUCAGCAUUCAUGUAUCCUUUCAGCACACUCACAUGGAUUUUAUUUCUUAUCACACUGCUCUCUGUGUCAGUGCUAUUUCGAACUUUGAUUUUUCCAAAAGAUUCAAUUAUUUCCGUUUUCUUCAAUUUGUGGGGGUCUUCCUUCGGACAAGGAAUGAACUACAACCCUCGCUCACUGACCAGGCGGAUACCACUUGGAAUUUGGCUCCUUUAUUCAUACGUGCUAAUUUUAUGUUACAGCUCUGUCCUGUUGUCAUUUUUGACUUCUCCCAUCAGAAUGAAACAAAUAAAAGAUUUCAAGGAACUCUAUCUCGCUGUCAGAGAGGGGAAGAUUGUGUGUCUAUCAUCGAAGGCAACUAAGGAAGUAGAUAAUUUGAUGAAAAGCCUUUCACCUCAUUUAAGAGGAUUAGGGGAAUACAUUAAAAAGAAUGACUGGUUUUAUUAUCACCCUGACAAAGUCAAAGUUCCGGAACAUGUAGCAAUACUUGGUUCAGCUGAUCUAUUUCGUGUGGCUAUUGGGCCACCUGAAAAAUACUUUUAUUCGGAGGAUACUUUUGGAUAUUUUCAUUACGGGAUUGCUAUCAGGAAAACAUUUUGCUGCAAAGAGCGCUUGAAUAGAAUCGUUCUCCGAAUUGUAAGUAGUGGCCUAUAUGAAAAAUUCAAAGAAGAUUUCUUCUUUAAAAAAGAUUUAAAGAGAUAUUUAAAUGUGAGUCACUCUGAGAGCACAUUAGCAUCACCUAUAAGGUUAUCAAAUUUAAAUGGAGUGUUUAUUAUUCUUGGUACAGGCUGGGCGGCAGGUAUUAUUGUUCUAUUGAUGGAAAUCGCCUACUUUCGAUGGUUGCGCCCGAAACAUCGCCAAAAUUGAUAUGUAAAUUAGUUUUUGCUUAUAUAGCCUUCACUAUCACCUUUUUCAGAGCAUAUUAUUAUAAUAAGCGUUCAAAUCAGUUGAGUUGCUAAAUCGUAUUUUAACUCCAUGACCAACU